CACCAUGGCACGGUUUGGCUUGCCCGCGCUUCUCUGCACCCUGGCCAUACUCAGCGCCGCGUUGUUGGCUGCCGAGCUCAAGUCGAAAAGUUGCUCGGAAGUGCGACGUCUCUACGUGUCAAAAGGCUUCAACAAGAACGAUGCCCCCACGCAUGAGAUUAACGGUGAUCAUUUGAAGGUCUGCCCCCAGGGUUAUACAUGCUGCUCUCAAGAGAUGGAGGAGAAGUACAGCCUUCAAAGUAAAGAUGAGUUUAAAGCUGUGGUCAGUGAACAGUGCAAUAAUUUGCAAGCUGUCUUUGCUUCCCGUUACAAGAAGUUUGAUGAAUUCUUCAAAGAACUACUUGAAAAUGCAGAGAAAUCCCUGAAUGAUAUGUUUGUGAAGACAUAUGGCCACUUAUACAUGCAAAACUCGGAGCUUUUUAAAGAUCUCUUCGCAGACUUGAAACGCUACUAUGUGGUGGGAAAUGUGAACCUGGAAGAAAUGCUAAAUGAUUUCUGGGCUCGCCUUCUGGAGCGGAUGUUCCGCCUGGUUAACUCCCAGUACCACUUCACAGAUGAGUAUCUGGAAUGUGUGAGCAAGUAUACUGAGCAGCUGAAGCCCUUUGGAGAUGUCCCUCGGAAAUUGAAGCUACAGAUUACUCGUGCAUUUGUAGCAGCCCGUACUUUUGCUCAAGGCUUAGCAGUUGCAAGAGAUGUAGUAAGCAAAGUCUCUGUGGUAAAUCCCACAGCCCAGUGUACCCAUGCCUUGUUGAAGAUGAUUUACUGCUCCCACUGCCAGGGUCUAGUGACUGUGAAGCCAUGUUACAACUACUGCUCGAACAUCAUGAGAGGUUGUUUGGCCAACCAAGGAGAUCUUGAUGUUGAGUGGAACAAUUUCAUAGAUGCUAUGCUGAUGGUGGCAGAGAGGCUAGAGGGCCCUUUCAACAUUGAAUCAGUCAUGGAUCCCAUUGAUGUGAAGAUUUCUGAUGCUAUUAUGAACAUGCAGGACAAUAGUGUGCAAGUGUCCCAGAAGGUUUUCCAGGGAUGUGGACCCCCCAAGCCCCUCCCAGCUGGACGAAUUUCCCGUUCCAUUUCGGAAACUGCCUUCAAUGCCCGCUUCAGACCAUAUCACCCUGAGGAACGCCCAACCACAGCAGCUGGCACUAGUUUGGACCAACUGGUUACUGAUGUCAAGGAGAAACUGAAACAGGCCAAGAAGUUCUGGUCCUCUCUCCCUAGCAACAUUUGCAAUGAUGAGAGGAUGGCUGCAGGAAACGGCAAUGAAGAUGACUGCUGGAAUGGAAAAGGCAAAAGCAGGUACCUGUUUGCAGUGACAGGAAAUGGAUUAGCCAACCAGAUCAGUAAUCCGGAGGUCCAGGUUGACACCAGCAAACAGGACAUGGUGAUCCUUCGUCAAAUCAUGGCUCUUCGGGUUAUGACUAGUAAAAUGAAGAAUGCUUACAGUGGGAACGAUGUGGACUUCUUUGAUAUCACUGAUGAAAACAGUGGAGAAGGAAGUGGAAGUGGAUGUGAGUAUCAGCAGUGUCCUUCGGAGCUUGAGUAUAACGCAACUGACCACUCUGGGAAGAAUGCCAAUGGCAAAGCCAGCCGCGCUGGUGCCCGUAUUGGGGCCCAGCCCUGCCUCCUCACUGUCUCCUGCAUCUUGUUUCUGGUUAUGCAGAGAGAGUGGAGAUAAUUCUCAAUCUUAGAGAAAAUGUGUUCAUCAUCAGAAAGUUUAAAAGGCACCGGUUAUCACUUUUCUACCAUCCUAGUGACUUUGCUUUUCAAAUGAAUGGACAACAAUGAACAGUUUUUACUAUGUGGCCACUGGUUUAAAAAAUUCUGACCUUGUUUUUUCAUUCAGUUUUGUGGGAAAAAGGGACUUGUACGUAAAGUAAGUUCCUGCUUCCCCAGCAUCUUGUUAAACGUGGCUAGCGGUAUAGGUACAGAACUGUAGUUAGUUGUGCAUUUGUGAUUUUAUCACUCAUCUUGUUUUUCUUUAUUGUUUGUUUUUGUUUGUGGGUUUUUUCCUUCAGUAAUGAUCUCACCUUAUUUCUUACAAGAAAACCAGGGUUCUUUCUUGGCAUGUAACAUGUACGUGUUUCUGAAAUAUUAAAUAGCUGUACAGAAGCAGGUUUUAUUUAUCACGUUAUCUUAUUAAAAGAAAAAGCCCAACAAGCAGUAAAAUUUACAUUUAUCCCUGUUGUUUUAGUUGCCUUAUCUGGAGAGGAGGUGAUUUUCUUUUUUAUAAUUAAGUUAGGACAGAAUGUGAAGGCACAAGGGGGUUUCUAAUCCACUUGUCAGGUUGUCUUCUAGCAUCAACACAAGGAAGAUGAUAUAUUUCAUUGCUAGCUGGUGACUGGAAGAGACUGCAGACUACCCAUUUUGGUUGAGUUGAAUUAUAUAAGUUAAGAUCACAUAGGUUCAUUUCUUGAACCCGCUUAAAGUAAUCCAUUCAGAAGAUUCUUGAUGCAUUUUCCCUAAAAAUAUCUAAGACCAUACAGGAUGCCCCAGUUGCCACAUGUUCACACUUUGUUUACAGGUGGGGUUCGUUUGUUUCUUCGUUUUGUCUUUAUCCAGGCAAGUUAGUAAGCCACUGUGUGCUGGUCUUCAUGUCCACACCUGACCCUCUCUGAACUGAUAUCCCAGUGCCAGAAAUAAGUGACCAACCAUAUUUCAUUUGGUCCCCAUUGUUACAGCAUUUGAGAUUUCAAACCCAGCCAUGCAGAGGAGCUGCCUGGAGGCUAGUUAGAAUUGGGGUGGGUACAGCCAGUGCUCAGGGAAUUGCAUUAACACUUGAGCAAAGUUUUUGUCUGUGCAUUUGUAUUUGCAUUCAUUUUGUCAUCCCAGGUUUUUAAAAGAAAUUCUAAAGUUG